CCAAACCACUUAUUAUGUCAUUUCAAACUUCAGACUAAUAUCUGUCUUUGCUUGCUUUCUCCAGCAUUUUCUUUCACACUCCUACUCAGAUUUGAUUUAGAAAAAAGAGUCAUGUUGGAGGUUAAAAAGGAGCUCGAGGAUUUCGAAUCUGAUUCACCUCAUAAAGAUGGGCUCCAUUUGUGUCUUUCUUCGCCCAAUUGCAAUUGCGAUACCUCUCUUCUGAAAUCAACACCUGUUGCAGGGAGAAUAAAAGCCCAAGCUAGACGCUCGACAAAGGGAUGCUGGACAGAGGAAGAGGACAACCUUUUGAUUGAGACUGUGAAGAAGCACGAUGGAAAGAACUGGAAGAAAAUAGGUGGAUGUGCUACAUACCUCCCUGGGCGAACUGACGUCCAAUGCUUGCAUCGCUGGCAAAAGGUUUUAAAUCCUGAUCUUGUAAAGGGAUCAUGGACAGAGGAGGAGGAUGAUUGCCUCGUUGAGCUAGUCAGAAAGUAUGGUUUAAAGAGAUGGUCUGUUAUUGCAAAUUCCUUGCCAGGUCGUAUUGGGAAGCAAUGCAGAGAGAGGUGGCACAAUCACCUUGAUCCAGCUAUAAAGAAGGAUGCAUGGACGGAGGAGGAGGAAUCAGUACUUGCUUACUAUCACCAAAUAUAUGGCAGUAAAUGGGCAAAAAUUGCAAAGAUUCUUCCUGGAAGGACUGACAAUGCUAUAAAAAAUCAUUGGAACUGCUUAAUGAAGAAGAAAUUGGAUACAUCCUCACCUUUUGGGUGUGACAUGAAGGUUUCCACUUCCAGUUUCUGCGCUUCUCAAAUAAAGCCAGCGCAUGUGUUGGUCAAAGUUGAGGAUCAAAGUUUCAAUGGAAUGGUGUCUCUCCAGCAGAGUCACUGGUUGAACCAGAGUGUUGAUAACUUUCCAACAAAACUUGUUCUUCAAAAUGCUUCUGGAGAGGAAUUUUGCUCUAGAAAAAGCUGUUGUGAGGAGGGAACUCCUGGGGCCUCGAGACAAGGUGAAAGCAAACUGAUUAAUUUACCAAAUGAGAUAGACACUGUUACAUGUUGCAAAGACCAUACCAACCCUACUUGCACAAUUAAAUCUAUGGAGUCGUCUUUGAAUAAUUCUCUGGACAUGCUUACUAAAAAUUUGGAUUGUUUCCCUCUUGCCACAACUAUUACUUAUGAGGCCUAUAAAUCUCUCAAAAGGCAAAAGGUUUCUUCUUCGAAUAUAAAGUCUAUUGUGGGUGACGAAUCUGACAGCCCCCAUUUGAGCUACUCAAAAUCGUCUAAUCGUGAGAAGAAAGAUCAAGUUGGAUGGGGAAGCAACAAUAAAAUCAACAGUAUCCCAGAAUCCGUACUAAGAAGCUUAGCAAUGACCUAUGAAAAUAUUCCCUCUAUUAUAAGGAAAAGAACUCCCAGUAAGGCAGGCAGUGCCAACUAUUAUGACAGUGCCCAAACACCAUCGUCUGUACUUCUGAAGCAGAACAUGUUAUUGGUUUAGAUAAUCUAAAACUGAAACAGGGGUUUAUUCCAUUCCUUCGUAGACCAAAUUACUCAGCCAUAGCCAAAUCUCCGGAAGGAUGCAUGGAAUGAUGGAAUAUGCUUGUAUUAUUUGACAUAUAACCUUAACAUAAACAGCAAACAUUUUCUACAAGGGUUGCAUUUCUGUAGUUCUCAGAAAAGAGUAGGCUGAUGCAGGAGCUUAUAAUAUACAUCUUGUCUAUCCAUUCUAAAAGAAGCUGUUAUUGGAGUUACGACUCCACAAAAUGUCUAUUAGCGCUG